AUGGUAAAGCUUGAGACAGAAAAUGAUGAAGAGAAAAUUGUGGUUUUCUGCGUCGAUGGCACAGCCGGGCUCGCUCCUUAUUGGAAGCAAAUGAAGAGAAAUUAUAUCCGCCCUUCAAUUCUGGCUCUUCAAGAUUUGAAAAAUGUAGAAUCGGGUCAAUACGGCUCUACCUGUUUCUCCACUGUGGUUUACGGAGCUGGUGAUGGAUUCGGCGGCCCUUAUCAUUGCAUCAAAGAAUAUGAGGAUACUUUUCGGCCAAAGACAGUUUUAGAGGACUUCGAAAAUCUUGAACUUCAAGGCGGGGGUUUGGAAGAUAGAACUCACUUGAUUGAAGCCCUAUCUGUUGCGUUGACAAUUCUCGGGACAUCCAAUGCUCCUGAGAAGCACAUCGUUAUCAUCACCAACAGCGACUUCUACGAUACAAAAGUUCACAAUAUCAACAACAUGUUUUACACGCAAACGCUAGAACAGCUCGUCCAAGCAUCAGUUUCUUGCCAAGCAAGAGUAUCUGUUAUCACGCCGCGGGUGAUCAACUCGCUCAAGAAUUUGUUCAAUUCUGCUAAUUUCGACGGUGCACAAAGCCAAGGAAAUAAAAUCGACGGGCAUCACAUGAUCCUUACGCAUUUUCCAAUGGAGAAUCAACCAGAUCCCCCACAAAGUGUCGAUUCUCAACGCCAGUCCCAGUCGACUCCACAGAAAGAAGAAGUGAAGACAGAAGUUAAAUCCGAGCCUCCAUCUCAAGAAAUGCCUCAAACACAAAUCGCGCAGAAUCCGACGAUGAUGCAAAAUACACAAGAUCCGCCAAAGAGCAUGGCGUUUAACCAAGGUGUAUCUGGACAAAUGCAACAGCCAGUGAUGUCUCAAGCAGGAGGAAUGCCGCAAAAUCCCGGACAAAUGGGCGGACAAGUUCAGCAACAAAUGCAAAAUCAACAGCAACCACAGCAAAUGAAUCAACAACAAAUGAGCCAGCAGCAAAUGCAACAACAAGGUCAUCCAGGCCAACAAAUCAAUCAACAACAGAAUCAGCAACAAAACCAACAACAGCAACAACAACAACCUAAUUCCCAGCAGCAAAAUAAUCCCCAACAAAACCAACAACAACAGUCGCAGAAAAAAAUCUGGACUGGGGAGCUCAAAUGGGCAGAUCCCGCUGAACCUUCCCAAGAACGCCGAAUCGGAUGCUCGCUUUCCGCCCAGUCCCAGCCAGAAGUGGGCGAGGAAUUCUUGAGAGGCUGCCAGCCUAUUCUGAAAGUCAAUUUCAUUGAUCAACCCAUUCUUCAGGCGGUGAAAGGCUUCUUUCAAAACUCAACCGUUUUAUUGUUCAAUUGGAAUGAAAAUCCAGUACCUUCUAUAGGAAGAGAGAUUCUCGGCAAUCUUCACGGCAUUAUGACGCAGAAAAAUCAAGUGGGAGUUAUUAACGUCUCUGGGCAGGGUCAGAAUCCGCCGAAAAUGCUCGUAAUGGUCUUCAACCAAAAGAAUCGUAGCUUUUUGGGAUUGAUCCCCAACGAUCCCGAGGGCUUCUUUACCAAGCUGAAAGAGGUUUAUCAAAUGAAGCGUCCUGCCCAGGAUAGCAUGAAGCAACAAAAUCCCCAGCAGCCUCAGCAGCAACAACAAAACCCACAGCAACAGCAACAACAGCAGCAAAAUCCUCAACAGAUGAACCAGCAUCAGAUGAAUCCGAAUAUGCAAAGGCCCAUGGUUUCGAUGCCGAUGAACACACAGAUGCAGGGAAUGAUGCAAAUGCGAGGAGCUGUGCCGAACCAGAUGAACCCUGGUCAGCCCGUCAUGGGCAUGCAAAACUAUAUGCAACGACCACAAGGCCAGAUGGGCCAGCAGCAAAUGGAUCAGCAGCAGCACCAUCAUCAGCAACAGAACCCGCAGCAGAUGCAGCAAUUUCAAAUGCAGCAAAUGCAACAGCAGAAUCAACGCCAGAAUUUCAACCCGUCGCAGAACAACGAGCAGCUGCGCCAUUUACUGAUCCAGAACAACAACAGAAACCCACAAAUGAAUCAGAACCAGGGUUAUGGCAACCAAGGGUUUUAA